GCGCAAUUUUUCCUUAGCUCAUCUCAUGGAUUCCUAGAACCCUUAGCUUCUUAGUCUUGGUUUGUACUUCCACGAUUGUUUAGCGAGAAACUGGGACAAAUAUUCAAAGGAGGAUGAAAACAGAAAAGUCUCAAAAUAGUGAAGAGUUGUCCACAGUUAUGGGAGAGUCCUCUGGAUCAAGCAAUCCAUCGGCUGCUAUCGAUUCAUCUAACAUCGGUUUUCAGCUCCUAAAGAAGCAUGGCUGGAAGGAAGGUACUGGUCUUGGAAUCGCUGAACAAGGUAUAUUGGUGCCUCUACAAGCAGAGCCAAAACAUAACAAAAAAGGACUAGGAUCUGAAAAACCAGCUAAGAGAAAAGCGGCGGCACAGCCUCGGGUUACAGAUUCUGAAGCAGUAUCAAAGACGACGAACAAGAAACCCUCUAAGAAAUUGCGGAAGACGAUCCAACACGAAAAACUUUUAGCGGAAAAAGUAUUUGAACGAGCCUUCCGCAUGGAGUUCUGGCCUGAUAAUGUAUAACUAUAUAUUUUCUCAUUAUUUUGUUCUAGUUUACCUUAAGAAGAGAUAUUCCAAUCGCUUAUUUUUGUACUGCAUAAUCUGAAAUACUCUGUUUCCUAUGGCCUAGUUCUACGAAGAAAUACGAGGUUUAUAACUUUAAAGUUAAAUAGUU